AUGCGACCCUCGAGAAGUCUACUGGAUAUUGGAAGAUGUUACGCACCCUUUCGGUGCCUAGCUGCCAGGCCACACAGAGGCACGAGGGCUGGGAUACUUCCAGGUUGCCCAAGCCUAGACACGGGAAGUCGAGAGGCAGAGGUCGAGGUCGAAUCACGGACCUUCCAGUCAGUAAAUUUGCGCUCUAAUCACUUGAUCCAUCUCGCCCCCACGUUUGAGCAACCUGGCAGUAUCCCAGCCCUCAUUCUUCCUUCGGAUAGCAAGGCAGCUACGCACCGAAAGGAUGCUACAGCUGAGCGAGUAUAUUUUUUAUUAAGUGUGAUAAAACCAAAGAUAUCUCCUAUCGGAGCCUUUGCUGGAAUAGGAUAG